AUGGGCACUCAUGUAAAAAUAAUUUGUUUUAGGCACCCUGAAUGGAAAAAACCAGCCCCUUAUAAAAAGGUUAAAAAGUCAAUUCGACGUUGGCUCCGGAAGAAUUUCCCUCCAAUGCCGAGGCAUAUAGUUGACAUAGAGGAAGUUCUGAAUUGUAGCGAAUGGCGCAAAAGGUUACAGUAUUGCGUGGAAGAAGGCAUCACCAAUGAAAUAACUGUGACAAGCGUCACGGAUGAAACUGACUUUUGCCACGUGAUAUUUCACAGUGAGAAAUUUCUAAACUCAGUUUUAGAAAUUGAUGUGGCAACUGCAACUGCAGAUGCCACAUUCAGAACUGUGCCGUGGCUUAAAGGAUCCUUGCAAAUUCUGAUAUUUUCAGUAAUUUCGUAUGGAAAGAUAACGCCGAUAUUUUUCGUCUUAAUGAGCGCCAAAUCCUUCGUAGCCUAUAACAGUGUUGCGAAGAAGAUUCGCGAGUUAUCGCCGAGGCUAAAAAUGGAGAAACUUAUUACAGAUUUUGAAAUUGCUCUUAAGAAAGCCUUUUGCUACAAUUUUCCAGAAAUCAAGAAACUCAUUGGAUGUUUCUUCCAUCUGUGUUAUAAUCUUGACAAAUAUAUAAAUAAAGAAAAUUUGAGGAAAUACCUGCUGGAGUACGAAUGCCUUCACGCGUUUGUAGAGAAGGUUAAACACCUGGCACUACUCCCUGCCGAAGACAUAACCGAAACUUUCAACUAUUUGGUUGAAAGGCUAGAUACCUUGGACGACAUCAAGUUAUUGGACGGCAGCGAGGAAUUUGAGCAACCGAGAAUAGUAAUGGAUCCUUUCAUUAGUUAUUUUCGGCGAUACUGGUUAAGGAUAACAACACCUACAAAUUUUUCGGUAUAUUUGGAAACAAGAAGAACCAAUAACGACACGGAGAGAAAUAAUAGAGCCUGGAACAAAGUGGUCGGUAAUCAUCCAAAUUUUGUCGAUUUCAUAGGAAAGCUGAUUGUAUUUAUGCAAAUAACCCAUCACGACUAUAACGACACGAAACGAAAUUGUUACUCCGAACGGAAACUCUCUGAAGAAGAGACGCAUAGGGAGCAAAUCAUAAAAACUAAUUGGCUCACGAUUCGCGACGCUGUAUUCGCGACACCUCUAGAGCGUCAACAAAUAAUUCUGCAAUUUCUAGAAAAUUGUAGAAGAAUCGUUUAUAAACACGGCGUCGAAUUACACAAGUCUCUAUUAACAGGAGAAGAUGAACCACCAGCAAACACAAUUAAAGACACGUGUACUGUCAUUCGAUCAACACCAUGGGAGGAAUUAGAGGAUGCGGAUAAUUGGAGGUGUCCAUUUUGCACUGUUCUUUUGGAAAAUGAAACAUCAUAUUUCUCGCAUGUUGAUUUGAUGCAUUCCCUGCAUAAAUGUGACAAUUGUGGGGAAUUUUAUCAUCCUGAAAAACAACACGAUCUCUGUU